AUGAAGUUCACCUCCACCAUCGCCUCCCUCAUCCUCGCCUUCGCGGCCACAUCCACCUCCGCUGCCCCCUUCCCCGGCGGCAACAUUGAGCUACUCGAUGUCUCCAAGCCCCAGGGCGGAAACGUUGAAGUCAUGGAUCUCUCCAAGCCUCAGGGUGGUAACGUUGAGGUCAUGGACGUGUCCAAGCCCAAGGGCGGCAAUGUCGAAGUCAUGGAUGUCUCCAAGCCCAAGGGCGGCAAUGUCGAAGUCAUGGAUCUCUCCAAGCCCCAGGGUGGUAACAUCGAGCUCCUUGACGUCUCCCAGCCCAAGGGCGGUAACGUUGAGGUCAUGGAUCUCUCCAACCCCCAGGGCGGCAACAUCGAGGUCCUCGGCGCCUUCGAUGGCGGCUUCGCCAAGGUCUGCCGCGACAUCAUGCUCACCAACCGCAUCGUCAACGGCAAGCCUGUCUACUCGGUUCGCGCCAUCUGCCCCGACUGGAUGGACCAGAACUUCAAGACCGAGCUGCAGCUCAACCGCUGCCUCAUGAAUGACUUUGGCCACCUCAAGUGGGCCAACCUUGGCCACUUUGACGACUCUUGCUACGACUGCAAGCUCCUCUCCGCCACUGACGAUGUCAAGAUGGCCUGCACCUGCGCUGUCGGCGCCAAGGGCACCAUUGGCACCACCAUUGCUCUCAACGAGGGCAUCCGCAACCAGGGUGGCGCCAUGUGGUGUGGCACCCAGAUCGGCACCCGCGUCCCUGCCUAA